AAUGUUCUCAGUUUGAACUUGGAGAAGACGGAAAGGGGAAAUACAUUAGAUUUAUUGGCCGUAACAACAAAACUUUCAACGGUGGUCUGGCUCAUAUGAAAAUUAGCAACAAGGAUAUAAAACAUUAUUCUAAUGACGGACCUAGGUGUAUGUACAACAUUUUUUAGACAUAUCUCAACAUGCUUGGUAAUGAUGGAUGCUUUUAUCGAAAAACCUUUGGCUUUGGUCGGAAAUACAAUCCGGUAUGGAAAGCAGCCGCUUGGUGUAAAUAAACUAGAAGGGUUGAUGAAAGAGAUGUGUCAAAAAGCGGGCUUAACUGGAAAUUACACAAAUCAUUCUGGGAAGAGGACGUGCGCAACAGCAUUGUACAAAGCAGGAUUAGAUGAACAAACAAUAAUGGAUCGUACUGGACACAGGUCGUCAGCUGUUAGGGCAUACAAAACGAAAACUGAUGAAAUAGAGCAAAAAGUGUCUUCUGUGUUAAAUCCACCAAGUAUUGAUACAGUUUCUGUUACCCAUAAUGAAUUGGAAGUUGAAGAGCCACCUUUCAAGUGUACAAAACUUGAACCAGUCAACUCUGAAAAUUCCGCAAAUUGUCGUGACAUUUCAACGCGCCUAAAAUGUUUGAAUGAUAUUGCUAACACAAGUGGAACUGUAAAUUUUAACAACUGCAAUUUUUCUUUCACUUAAACAUUUGUUAAAAGAAAGUUAAUUGGAAUUUUCCAAAUGGAACAAUUUUUUAAUUAUUUUUUUUUCAAAACUGAAAGAAAGAACUUUUCGAAUCUUUUUUCAACUUACGGGAGCUAGCGAAAAGCAAUUUUUGUUUUGAGUUUAAAACAUGUUUCUUGCCAUGUGUUGUGUUACAAAUGACUUAUUGCUUUGUGUUACAAAUGAAACAAAUAAAUGUUCAUGACCUUUCACUUUUUUUUCUGUUUCCAAAAUAUUUCAGAGGCGGAUAUCUUUCAAAAAAUGGGGUGGAGCUUCAGCCAUGGAAUAACAUGAACAUGAAUAUGUUGUACCAUAGCUAAGCUCCGCUUUUAUUCCUUUGGAUUCUAGUUGAGCUGCAUAUUUAAUUAGCAAGUAUGGUACAACAUAAAUUUGCAUAUAUUAUACCAUGGUUUUCCCUCGACACACUUUUUAAGCAAAUUAUUUCAUUAAAACAUCAAAGGAAAACAUCCAAUUUAUGUUACAAC